AUCAAAACCUCGACUCGACUACACGACUCCCAUCCUCAAGGCUAUCCGACAUGGGUAUAUCUCGUUCAUCCCGGCACAAACGUUCGGCAACAGGUGCCCAGCGCGCCUACUAUCGCAAGAAGAGAAAAUUCGAGCUCGGCCGUCAGCCUGCCAGCACUAAGCUUGGUGUCAAGCGCAUUCAUCCCGUGCGCGUCCGUGGUGGUAACACUAAGUACCGUGCCCUCCGUCUCGACACUGGUAACUUCGCAUGGGCAUCUGAGCAUGUCACAAGAAAGACUAGGCUUAUCAGUGUUGUUUACAACGCAUCAAACAAUGAGCUCGUCCGCACCAAUACCUUGGUGAAAGGUGCUAUCAUUCAGAUUGAUGCUACCCCUUUCAGGCAGUGGUAUGAGUCCCACUAUGCCCAACCCAUUAGCAAGAAGAGCGCAAAGACUACUGCCACUGCGGAGGAGGAAAAAAAAUCUAACCAUCUUCAACGUGUCAUCGCUGAGAGGAAGCAGAAUGCUAAAAUUGAUCCCCUUCUCGAGUCUCAAUUCUCUGCUGGUCGUCUCUAUGCUUGCAUCUCAAGCAGACCUGGACAGUCCGGUCGUGGUGACGGCUACAUUCUGGAGGGCAAGGAGCUUGAGUUCUACGUCAGGAAGCUCCGGUCAGGCAAACAGAAGCACGCCCACAACGCAUAAACUUCGUGACCCUAGUGAUUUACCCCUUUGAUUUGUCUCUGAGCAUACACAUAAGAUCACGAGGACAUGGUGAAAAUAUGGGAAAUCCUUAGUGCUAUAGUGUAUGACGACCAUGCCGCAUCUUAUCGUAUGCUCUGUCGAAUUGCAAUCCAUGUCCUCUCCAUGCAUGUUGCUUCUGGAAAGAUAACCGCGUUUAUUAUUGUUCGCAAGCAAGUGUGGGUUUGAGCUGACAUAAUCGAAGUGGGUUAGUGCCGUAAUUGCGCCAGCAACAGUGCUUUCACCUUGUUCCUUUUCCCUUCCGUUCGC